AUGAUUGGCCGUUCGCUUCUGCUCCAUCUACUCUUAUCUGCUCUACUUGGCUCGGCCGCUUGGGCUCAGGAUGACACAACAACAGAGAUGGACAGCCAAGUAGCCAAUCAGACAGUAGAUCCUACCGUAACCUCUGUGACAUCAGAGGGGCCUUUGUCACUGACCACAACUGGAAAAGAGGUGGAGGAGGAAACCGUUCCCUCCACAGGUACCCGUUGCCAAGGUUACUAUGAUGUGAUGGGCCAGUGGGACCCGCCCUUUAACUGUAACGCAGGCAUCUUCCUGUACUGCUGCGGCACCUGCUUCUAUCGAUUUUGCUGCCAGUUCCGCCAGCAACGACUGGACCAGACGUCUUGCUCGAACUAUGACACACCCAUCUGGGCCAACACAGGCAGGCCCGUGGCCACAAACACCGAGAUACAACCAGAACACGAGCGAGACCGGACCCACAUGAUUGUGUACAUCAUCUGUGGCGUGGUGGCCAUCAUGGUUUUGGUGGGGAUCUUCACCAAGCUGGCCCUGGAGAAGAGCAGAGGAGGCCAGAGUGACCUCAGCAACUCCAGGACCCUGACGGAGCUGCUGAAGCAGCCAGGUGUAGAGCUUGGAUCUGUGGACGGACCGGUAAACAGCACCACCUCCAUCGGAGCCAACGGCCUCUCGGCCAGGAUGCUCCGCAGCCGCAGCGAGGGGUACCACCUGAAUAAUGCUGCCUUCACCCCACUGGGCCCAACAAUGGGACUACCACACCCACAAAGCAACCCCAGUAUACACGGACUUGCUCUGAACAAGUACACUUCACUAAAAGCUGUUGCGGACAGUGCCGCCAGAAGUUACUACAAGAGCUACCCACUCAUGGACUUCACUCAAUACCAAGCCCCGCCCACCAAUUUUGAGCCAAUCCCGCUGCACCACAAAGAUAAGUCCUACCUACACCAGGUUUCCGCGUCCCACGACAUCCACGCCCCUCUCUCCAUCUCAAUCCCCGCCAGCCACCUGGAGAGGGGCCAUAUCCCCAAAACCACCUCGCACCCGCUGCUCUCCAGCUCCGCCUUCAAAGCCUGGGAGUCAGGUCCUCGGGGCCACGUCCCACGGCAGGCGUCACACCCGGGACACUCCAGCCGUCGGCAGACCUACGGCAACAGGAGCCAGUUCAGCAUAGAGACAAUCCCGGGGCUCCUGGCUCAUCCUGUGAGCUACAGAGGGCAUCCGAGCCACCAACACCAUUCCAAGCAUAAGGGCUACCAGACCAACAGCAAAACGGAGGUCACGGUUUGA